AUGGCCGACUCCUUGAGGAAGGUGGACCUCAAGUGCGUGGAGAAGAAAGCCCCAAAGGCGGAGCAGCGAGCAGACCACGUGAAGCAGCACGUGGUUUUUGCGCACAUCACCUUCAAGGAGGUCCAGUCGUUGCAGAAGGCCCUGCAGAGCGCCGACGGCAAGAUCUGCCACGCCGUGCUGCCGGCGCCGGCGUCGCUGCUCAAGGAGCGACUACGCGCUAGGAAGACCGCCUAUCCUGACCCAGUGCAAUUGCGCCGGGAGAUCGACGAGUGGAUGGCAAACUAUGAUGAGAAGCAAGAGGAGAAGAAGAGACUGGCGAGAGAAAGCCAGGUGGACGAGGACGGCUUCACCAAGGUAGUGUCCGGCAUCACGCGCACGGCGGACGGGCUCACCAUCCGGGGGGCCAAGCGCGAGGCGCCGAAGACCGGGGCCUUUGCAGAGGCCAUCCAGGCCAAGGCCAAGGUGCCGGCGAAGAAGAAGAAGACCAAGGAGAUGCCGGACUUCUACCGCUUCCAGUUGCGCGAGAAGCGGAGGGAAGAGAUCAUCGAUCACCGGAAGCGGAAGGCGAAAGAUCUGGAGACGGUGAAGCAGAUGAAAAAGGCGAAGCGCUUUGGGCCAUCCGAGUGA